AUGUCCGUGCAGCAGAAAAAGAACAGGGCUGUCAUCAUUGUCAAUUAUGAGUUCUACAGAAGGGCUGAGCUGCUAUCAGCCAGGAAAGGGGCCAAGAGAGAAGCAGACAAGCUGUUUAAAGCAUUAUCCAAACUCAACUAUGCAGUGAAGUUGCACUACAACCAGACAGCCAAGGAAAUAGAGGAUAUCUACCAGCAAGAGAGCCGGGAGGAGCACGGUGAUUGCUUUGUCAGCAUUCUGUCGAGCCACGGCGAGGAGGGGGCCAUAUACGAGUACAGGGGAGAGCUGGUCAAGUUGACAAGGAUUUUCCAGAUGUUAUCACCACAAAGGUGCUCAGUGCUAGCUGGAAAGCCCAAGAUCUUCUUCAUACAGGCCUGCCGUGGGAAUAUGACGGAUCUGGGUGUGUGGGUGGAGACGGACAGCGCCCAGCCCCCAGCAGACAUUACCUACUUCUCACACUACCUCUCCAUCCCAGACAACACCGCCGUGAUGUUCGCCUGCAGCCCAGGCUAUGGUGCUUUCCUAAAUCCACUGGGCUCCAUGUUUCUCCAGACCUUGCUGGAGUUUCUGGAAGGAGAAGAGAGGCAUCUUGAACUUGCACAGCUAAUGACCCGCAUCAACUGGAAAGUCGCGUUUCAUUGCGAAGCCAAAGGGAAACACAAGGGGGAAAAGGAAAUGCCCUGCUUUGUCACCAACAUGGUGCGAGAGGUUUAUCCAUUCUCCACCCAAACCACAGAGACCGGCAGCCUCUGAGAACUCGGAUCUCACCGGAGGGAGCCACCAGCUGUUUUCCAACUCUUUCAGGAGCGCUGUACAUGGCCAGUCACUGCAAGGGGAAUCACAGAGAGCGUGAGGGUCAGCAGCAUUUCUGUCCCAACAGCUUACCAAGUCCACAGGAUAAGGACUUUUGUGUUGUAUGGGCAAAUAAAGGGCCAUGCACCUUUCCAGUGCUCUAUGAAUAAUAAACUAACAUUGCACUAUUAUUUAACACUCAUUCUAGAGACUCAGCUGCUUGAUUCUGGGCCAGCUUGUAGCUGCACAAUCGUUAAAGUUGCAACAGCCUGUAUACAAUUACAUUUUCCAACCUCUAAAAUUCACAUACACAAUCUGAGCAGUUUGAAAAUUGGUGGCCCAAUUCCAGGCCCAAGGUAGAGUAGGUGGAGUAAAUUUUAGUUUAUUUGGUUAAGAAAUUCCUGAGAUAGGAGCCACCACUCUGUUUAACUCUUUCGACCAUCUUUAAUUUUUUUUUUGCAGAGAUGGCAAAAAAUGUAUAGGCAGGAUUUACCUGAAACUUCUCCUAGCCGAAUGCCUCUUUUGAAAUCUAGUAUAUGAUAUUAAGAAUAAUAAUAAGGGCUAGGUAAGGUGCUGUGAUGAUCCCAGUAACUC